ACCCGUGUAAUCAGCAUGUUCUUGCCUAGGCAGUCAGUUUGUCAACUGACUCCAGCAGCAUAGUCGAGACUACUCAAGACAAUGUCUAAAACGGAUGAAACACAGACAAGAGAAGAGUGUCUUAGACAACACCAAGACCCCAGCCCUCUCCGCCUGCCGAGCCAUCCCCGCACUCGGUCAGCUCGCGCCACUUUUACCCAUCACUUAUUAUACGCCGGCGCCAGCCAGCCCGGCAAAGCAAGCCUUCGGCAUGCCGACUAACCCGAUGGCUCACCACGCAGUGGCACACGCAGUGGCCUACUCAGCAGUUCUGGCUCACCACCACGGUUGCACGACAGCAGAGGACGAUAGUUCUGUUUAUAGACCCGGGGGGUCCAGACCACACUGCGAGGCUUUGGCGCUCUACGCGCGGUGCUUAUACCCAGGCGCAUAUGACAGCGGUUCUGUGCCCGGGUCUUGGGUCGGAUCGUCGCGGACCCUUUGUGCAGCGUUGGCGGCCGGCAGUUGGGAGGAGCUCGUACGGCGUCCUAUGAGGGGAGUGCGGCGUUGAUGAGACGGUGUAGCGUGACAUGAGGUCGUUUAGAGACUGACAGGCUGUGGGUGAAGGAUAGCUGUUCAACAAGUCGAGUAUACUCACGAGAAGAACUCAUUGUAAAGCUGUGUACGAGGGUGACAUAUUCUUACGAUGACUUUCAGCGCCCCUCUCUUAAAGCGGCGUGG